AACGAAACGUAACUUACGACUCAAGGGCCCUGGCAACAUUGAUUGUGAUGUCAUCCGGCGUUUUCUUCGGAGUAAAUAAUUUCUGUUUUGUUAUAGUGAAAAUAUGUUAACAAAGUACUGAAAAAGUUGUGAACGAUGGCUCUGUAUGAGGGUAUAGCUUUGAUACAGGAGAAGCAAGCGGUGGUGCUCGACCUCGGCACCGAGUACACCAAGUUCGGUUUCACGGGCGAGGCGGCGCCGCGGUGCAUCGUGCGCUCCGAGUUCUGGUGCGCCACCGAGCGGCGCUACAAGCGCGUGCACGAGUACAGCUCGCCCAACGAGCUCUACGACAACCUCGUGCACAUGCUGCACACACUAUACUUCAGGUAUAACUACACUCUGUUACCCUACACAAAAUAUCGUAAAGUGGUUGUGGUGGAGUCACUGCUGACCCCCACACUCUUCCGAGAAACACUCGCCAAAGUACUAUUCACACAUUAUGAGGUGUCUGGUGUAGUGUGGGCAGACAGCCCCCGACUGUGUGCUCUCACUCUCGGCACUCCUAUCACUCUAAUUGUAUCUAUUGGUGCUAAAGAGGCUGAGGUAGCUGCAGUGGUGCACGCAUGCGUGGUGCUGCAGGCGCUGCAGGCACAGCCGCUGGCGGCGCACGCCAUACACGCCGAGCUCGCGCGCCUGCUCGACGACGACAACGGCACCACGCUCAACCUGCCCGACCAUGUUAUAGAGGAUAUCAAAGUGAAAACGUGCUUCGUGGGCAGUCGCGAGCGCGCGGCGCGCUGGGGCUCGGAGGCGGCGCCCGCGCCCGCGCGGCCCGUGGAGUACCCGCUGGGCCGGCGGCCCGCCAUCGUGGUGUCGGGGCGCACGCGCGAGCUCGCCGCCGAGGUGCUCUUCGCGAAGGACAACGAGUUCGCGUCCCUGCCCGACAUAGUGCUGCAGUGUAUCAUGCAGGUCAUUAUAUCGCCUGUCCCUAUUAACAGAGUCGGAUCUGCAAAUUAGCAAUUUUACAGGAGA